AUGAGUCGUCAGCUUUUUUGUGCUUUGCUAAUGGUGGCGUGUUUCGGAUUGUCAUUUGCUGGAUUUUUAGACUGGUUCCGGGAGCCCGAACACGAUGGCCAUAAGGUGGGACGCAUUCACGUCGAAGUACUUGCGCCAAAGGGCAUCCGCCUGUGGACGGCGUACAACCCCGAAACGGAUCUGUUCGGGGUGGAGCUGUACGUGAAGUACUACGGUGGCCAGACGGAAGCCCUCGAGUGUGCCCUUUGCCGCAAUGUCACCCUACCCGUGGAUGGGAAAUUUAUGAUCGAGGACCAAGACCUGGUGGCCCGAUUCGGGGACGUUCUGCAGUACUCCGUCAUAACCUCGAAUGGAACCACCACGGAACGUCACGCUGUGAGGCGCAUGUUUGUCAGAGAGGAGCUUAUCAAACCGAACGACCGGUGUGUCUGUCAGGCUGGAGAACCUGCAGCAUCGCUGCAGGAUACGCCGCUGUCCGAGGUGGAACUACUCGAGCACAUGAUCCUGCGAGCUUUGAGCAAUCGGAGCCGAGAUUGCGAAUCAAUCUCGAACUGGCUCGUCCUGCGAGCGGAACCACGCCAUGAGCAGGCCGAUUUGCAGGAGUACGUGCGAAGCUACCUUGAUUUGCUGUUACUGAGGGCGAAAAGCCGCACUCGAGCAGUGGCCAGAUGGUCACGCUGGCGUCCUUCCGAACAGGUACUGCUGGUGGAGGACCAUUCGGAUGGUAUCGCGUUUCAGGUGAGGACGACCAUUGACAAGCUUAAAAUGCUGGCGCUCAUGAGCUCGGAUGGGGUGAUGGUGGAUUAUGAUGAGAUUUUUUAA